GGUUCUAUUCUCAGGGUCCGAGAUCGUACGCGCGCGCUCCCUUCUCUUGCGUGCAGCGAACGUCCAAGGAGCCGACGCGUAUUUUGCGGACUUUCACACAGGUGGCUCGGGAGUGAUAGAUAUUUGCGAUAGUUGGUGCGCGGCUGCGAAUGGAAAUCGGCGAAGCGAGCCCCGAUUCUCGCCUCUUCAAUCAGCUGAUCCUGCUCAAACGUACCUCGUACGACCCCGUGCUACGAUUGAGAACGGAAAGAUGAAGCUGGAAGGCGAGACGAGUGCCAUGGAGGCACGCGCCCUGUCCAUCUGCGAGAAGUUGCACAAGUUCGUGAAGACGCACUUCUUCCUCUUUUUCACCCUCGGAGGCGUCAUCGCCGGAGUCGUCUUGGGCCUGGGCCUCCGGCUGGCGAACCCCAGCGAGUCGACCGUCGUCCUCAUCGGCAUGCCCGGAGAGGUGUUCAUGCGCUGCCUCCGCAUGCUUGUCUUGCCCAUGAUGAUCGCCAGCAUCAUCACCGGAAGCGCCAACUUGAGCGGCAAGGCAAAAGGAAAGAUGGCCAUGAUAACGUUCGGCAUCUUCAUCGGCACGAGCUUUAUGUCGGCCUUGAUUGGACUUUCCUUCGUUACCAUGAUUCACCCCGGAAGCCCCGAGCUCAAAGCUGGCUUAGACGCCGAGGAUGAAAUAAAAGGAAGUCCAAGGCUUCUUGACACAUUUCUUGAUCUCAUCAGAAACGCGUUUCCCGAAAACCUCGUAGAAGCUUGUGUGGAGCAGGGGUACACGUCCUACGAGACUAAGAACAUCACUAGUGGAGGAGAACCCCGAGAGGUAUCGAAGAGACAGUGGACCAACAGAAAAGGAACCAACUCCUUGGGACUUAUCGUGUUUUGCGUAGUUUUUGGAGGUGCGCUUGGAGCGCUCGGUGACGAAGUCGAAAUAUUGAGAAAGUUCUUCGCGGCCCUUGAUGUGGUCGUCAUGAAGAUUGUCUUCUUGGUCAUGUGGAUGACUCCAGUGGGCGUGAUGAGCCUCCUCUGUUCGCGGAUCCUGGCCGUAAGCAGCAUCGUGACGCUGUUCGAGCAGAUGGCCCUGCUCGUGGCUACCGUGCUGUCGGGCCUGGCCGUCGAGCUGUUCGUGGUCGAGUGCCUGCUCUACUUCCUGGUCACGCGAAAGAACCCCUUCAAGUUCCUCGUCGAGCUGGCUUACGUGGGACUCUGCGCCUUCGUCACCGCCGCCAGUGCGCCGGUGAUGCCGCUGACCCUCAAGUGUCUGGAGGAGAACUGCGGACUGGACAGCCGCGUGACGCGGUUCGUUGUGCCCGUCGGCGUCACCGUCAACAUGAACGGCACUGCGCUCUUCAUCACAGUGUCGAGCAUCUUCAUCGCUCAGUUGAACGACAUCGCCCUCGGCUCCGGGGACUAUUUCGCCAUCUUGAUCACAGCAACUGCCGUAAGCGUGGCGGCCACUUCUGUACCGAGUGCGGCCCUGUUCUUGAUGGUGAUGACGCUGUCCGUGAUUGGUGCACCUGUCAGCGACGUCAGCUUGCUCUUUACCGUUGAAUGGCUACUGGACCGGGCGCGGACGGUGAACAACUGUCUGGGCGACUGCUUCACGGGCGCGAUGGUCGACCACAUCUGCUUCAAGAAGAAGGCCGCCGACCUGAGCGAAGUGGUCGUCGAUGACGAAGUUGAGAAGCUCAGGGAUUCCGUCUUGUGAGCGACACCACACGUCGCCACACCGCGCAGGGCACGGUGUUCCCCCAUCACGUAUACUCUAUACACUUGAGAAAAAAAAACGGAGCGUCUACUCGCCCGCAAAGUACUUGGAAGAGUCAAUCCCUGCAAUGUACAAAGUGAGCUCGUCGAAUGACGAGGCUGAUGUUUUUUGACUUUGAUAAAAACAAUCUGCGCUCUAGCUGGCACUGAGCAUGACGUUCCACUGUGCUCAUUGCCUCAGUGUAGACUGUUUCUGUAGGUCUAAACAUAAUCUGAUCUGCCAAAACAUUAUGACCACCCCUACAUUGGGUGAAUGAGCACACCUAGCCGACGCCAUCCGCAUUGCCACUUUCUGAUGCGGAUGGUAUGGUUAACGGAUGCCGGGGAUGCAGAAAGAUCCUUUCGUCGAAUACGUGUGAAUGUGUUGGGAAAAUAUGCUGAUUUACUGAGAAACUUUGACAAAUGGGCUCGGAACAAGUAUCUCGGUCACUGAAAAGCUCUUUGAAGUGCUUUGCCGGAGAGUAGACGUUCCAGGAUUCUUAGAGUGAACAAAGCCUUCCACUCUUUCCACUGAAGCAGAGCAAACGCUGUACAUUAGGAAACCACCAAUCAUGACCAUCAGGGAGCUUUGUGGGAGAGGCUUGGUGCUGCUGUUUUGAACCUGCAACUUCGUCACACUUCCAAGCUCGGCGAAACACUCAACUUUGCCGCUGACAAACUAGAAACGACAAGAUAUUUAUUUGUUUUUUGUCAGUGAACCUCAACGAUUUUGCUACCUUCGAAAACCAGCCAUUAGAAGCCUUUAAUAAAGCCUCAAUCGUCA